AUGAUUGGAGGAGCAGAGAAAUGGGAAGUCGAAGAAAUUGUGAAAGAAUGGAACGUCAGACAAGGAAAACAAUACUUGGUCAAAUGGAAGGGAUGGCUGCAUAGCAAGAAUACCUGGGAAUCAUCACAUCAUCUUACCCAUGCAAAGAAGGUCCUGAAGGCUUGGCAGAAGAAACAAUCCAACCCAGACACACACAUUUGCCUCCUGCCAACGCUUGAAGCUGGAGAUUGGGACUACCUCAUCCACCACUACAAACCCAAAGACGAGCGCCUCCCAUAUCCCCAAUGA